UGCCAUGGAGGAAUCAAAAUGGAGCCAAUGGUUAGUCCACAACAGUACAGAGAAGGUAAAGAAGCAUGCGUUCCUCAUUUCCUAUUCUAAUUCGGAUGCAUCGACAUGGUCACAUUGGAGUCAAUGGAAGAAGCCAUGCUCGGUGAGCAAAUUGGGCGAUAAAUAGGCGGUGGAUCAAAAUGGCCACCGAUUACUGAGCCCCAUCUCCCUCCCUCCCUCCCUCCCCUUCGAUCGAUUCGCUUGUUUGUGGUGAUGGAGAAGGUAGGAGACACGAGGAGCAUGUCAAGGAGGCUUGUUGCUUUGGUCCUGUUGUUGCUUCUGCUUCCCACUACCUCCCGAGCCGCGUCGGAGUACAGGGAGGCCCUCGCCAAGAGCCUGCUCUACUUCGAGGCGCAGCGCUCCGGCCGCCUCCCCUACGACCACCGCGUCUCUUGGCGCGGUCACUCCGGCCUCACCGACGGUCUCGAACAAGGGGUUGACUUGGUUGGAGGAUACUACGACGCAGGGGACAAUGUCAAGUUCGGGUUGCCGAUGGCGUUCACCGUAACGAUGCUGUCGUGGAGCGUGGUGGAGUACGGCGGCGAUAUCGCGGCGGCCGGAGAGCUGAAGCACGCGUUGGAGGCCAUCAAAUGGGGGACUGACUACUUCAUCAAAGCCCACACGCAUCCUAACGUUCUCUGGGCGCAGGUACGUAUUGCGACACAUCCGGUGACGACGACUUCCAUCUCCAUGGAGGCAAACCAUGAACGAGUCAGUCGUCUUCUCGUUGGAUUAGGUCGGGGACGGCGACACCGACCACAGCUGCUGGCAAAGGCCAGAGGACAUGACGACCUCGAGACAAGCGCACAAGAUCGACGAGGAGCACCCGGGGUCGGAGGUCGCAGGAGAGACGGCUGCGGCCAUGGCGGCGGCGUCCAUAGCGUUCAAGGAGACCAAUCCACAUUACUCUCACGUCUUACUACACCACGCUCAACAGGUCGGCUUCAGCACCGCUCGUGUGUGAUGCCUCCACGACCAGCUUCUGAUCGAAGAAUCCUUCUUCUGGGGUUGCAGUUGUUCGAGUUCGGCGACAAGCACAGGGGGAGGUACGACGACAGCAUCGGGGCGGCGAGGAGGUAUUACCCGUCGGGGAGCGGCUACGGCGACGAGCUGCUGUGGGCGGCGCUGUGGCUCCACCGGGCCAGCGGGAGGGAGGAGUACUUGAAUUACGUGCUGGACAACGCAUACGACCUGAACGGUGCUACGUGGGCGAUCUCUGAGUUCAGCUGGGACAUCAAAUAUGCCGGUGUUCAGAUUCUUGCUUCCAAACUGUUGAUGGAGGGAGGAAGAGAUCUACGAGAGGAGCAAGUGAGCAUAUUGGAGCGGUACAGAGCAAAAGCACAUCACUACUUGUGCUCUUGUCUCAGCAUGAACGACGACGAUAGCGGCAGCAACGUGGCCCGCACACCCGCCGGCCUCCUCUUCGUCCGCCGGUGGAACAACAUGCAGUACGUGGCGGGUGCCGCGUUCCUCCUCGCCGUCUACUCCGACUACCUCGCUGACUCCGGGGAACUCCUCCACUGCCCGCGGGGCUCCUCCGGCUCCCAGGACCUUCUCUCGCUCGCCAAGUCCCAGGUGGACUACGUCCUGGGGUCCAACCCCAGGGGCAUCAGCUACCUGGUGGGGCACGGUGGCAGGCACCCGAGGCGGGUGCACCACAGAGCCGCUUCGAGUGUGUCCUACAAGGUGGACCGGGCGUUCGUCGGCUGCACGCAGGGGUUCGACGAGUGGUACGGCCGGGGGGGCGAUAACCCGAACGUUGUGGUGGGAGCGCUCGUCGGAGGCCCCGACGACAAGGACGAGUUCAGCGACGUGAGAGGGAACUACGUGCAGACGGAGGCAUGCACGUACAACACGGCGCCCAUGGUUGGAGUCCUUGCAAAGCUCAGUGCAAAGCUGGAAGAGCAGCAAUGACUUGACUGUUGAGAGGAGCACAAAUAUUUCUUUUCUUCUUUGGUUCCUUAAAGAGAAUAGAAGUUCAAAUGUAAAGAUAGAAGAAAUAUGAUACUCGCUUUGAUCCGACAACAAAUAUGAACGAGAGAUACAUAUACUAAUGCUACAUAGUCUCACAUGGAAUAUGAGGGCAAUCAAAGUAUGAAC